UCCACCUAAAAAGCGUUUUCACAAAGCGCUCCUUGUCCCGUGUCGAAGGUGGUGGUGGGGGCCGGGCGGGGAAAUCUCAGUGUGGCCAUAUUACGCUCCAAUCAAUACCAAUAUUCGAUUUCCGUCUUUUGUAGCAACAUUUAAAUAGAGGGAAAAGGAACAAACAGCUAUAAAUGGACCAAGAUGGACUAGAUAGAUACCGAAAGGUUUUGCUUAGCUUUGAGAGCCGUACGGCUCCGGCGAUAGGUGCGCUACGGCUGGUAAUGACAUGAUGAUGAGCGCGGACUGAAGAGGCAUCGACAGCGCAUAAUUUAGAGAGUUUGGUGUGUGUCCUGAGUGCAAUGGAGCCUUUCUGUGUGAAUGGAGCAUCUUUAGACCCUAAUACCCUCAUGGUUAUUGUCAAGCAAGAAGAAGAAGAAGAAGAAGAGCAGGAAGAGCAGUUUUCUGAACCUCAGGUGUCUUCACUGUUAGUCAUUAAACAGGAGAAGGAGGAGGAGCCAGGAGGACAUUCCGCACCCCUUGUUAUGAACAUCUGUCUGCCAAAGGAUGAACCAGACACUCUGGAAGGAAAGAGCAAAGAAAAGAAGGCGAAGAGGAGGAGGAAGAAGAGACUGUGUGAAGAGAAGGAGUGGGCUCCCACAACGGCAGAAGAGACCCCAAAAAACGAUUCACUGUGGCAAUGCAGAUUAUGCCACCGUUGUUUCAGCUCUUCUUGGGAGCUGACAGGACACUGUUGCACUGGUAUAAUUAACAAGGACGAUGGAGACGCUGCCAAACUGGAAUUUCGGUGCCCAGUGUGUGGCGACCGUUUUUUGAGGCCCACUGCAUUCAUCAUGCAUAAACGGAGCCACGUUGGUCAGUCCCGAUAUGUCUGUGGAAUCUGCGGUCGCACCCUCAAGACCCUCCGGAAGUUGUCAUCCCAUCGGCGGUCCCACACUCGCCACCAGUGCCAGUACUGCAGCCGCAGCUUCUGCAGUUUUGAAGCUCUUCGGGGCCACAGACUGAGCCAGCAUGGUCAGGAAAUAGAUGAAGAAGAAGGUGACAGUAUGACACCUCCCAGUAAUGCAAGCAGUCACUUAGCCCAGUUACCCCAGUCUCCCCAGUGCUUACGCUGCUUCAUGACAUUCCGUGAUGCAGAGACAGCAGAGAGGCACCUACGCUUUAAACACCCAGCUGAGUAUGAGCAACAGCUCCGUGGGCACACCGUUUUUGCCUGCUGUGUCUGCGAUCGCACCUUUCCAUCUUCACGCCUUCUCUCAGCCCACCAACGUACACACAGCAAGUGGAGUUUGACCCCCACUUGCAUGGACAAGUCAUUGCAGGGCAAAGAAGCACAAGUGGAAAGGAAGCUGGAGAGUGAAGUACAAGAGCAGAGGACUUACAAAAGUGAAACUGACAAAGAUGCAGCUAGUUCUAUGCGUUGUCUGCACUGUCACAUCAUCUUCACGGAUCCUCGCACCUGGGAACGUCACAUGAUUGCCAAGCACCCCCCUUCACCACCUCUUAUUCCACCUUCCGUCACUGGUCCUGGACACCUAACGCUGCGGCCCCCUCGGGGUCAACCAAGACCCUACAGUUGCUCAAUUUGUGGAGAAAGGUUUAUACAGGAGAGUUCAUUGACAAAACACUAUACUGAGACUCACACAAGCUCAGGAACAGAGAAUGUGGAGACAAAGAAAGAGAAUAACUUCAAAAGUAACGACAUCAAAUAAACUUUGAGGGGAAUUGAGAAGAGAAUGAGAAAGAGAACUUGGCUAGCAAUCUAGAAAAUAAUGGCUCAGAUCUUCAAGAAUAACAACACAGAAGAGUGACUUGUAUGAAACAACCAUUAUUCCUAAAGACAAACUGUUGGACUGUGUUGUAGUGUAUUUGUGAUUCAAUUUCAAGUAGCAGAAAUUAUGGAAUGGAUUUCUUUUUUUAGCUUCAAUGUGUAUGACCCAUGUCAUUUUCCUUCAUAGAGGAAACAUGGAAAUUUGGUCACCUUAAUAUUUCAAAGAGGACACCUUCAGGAAGAGCAAGAUUUUAAAACUGCUCAUAGAUUUAAAGCCUGUGAUGCAUUAAUUUAUGUACUGGGUCCUUGUGUCACAAACAUUCCAGGCACAGUUUUUCAAAGGUACAAACAUUUUUAAUUAUUCUUUUAAUUGUAGUUUCUUCACAUAUCUAUUUUCGAAAGCUUGUUGCAGAGCAAACCUCAACAGUGUUUAUGCGAAGAUGUUACUUGCCAGUCAAGAGCACCCAAAUAGAAGGAAAGUGAGGCUGGAUUCAUUCAGCUUGCUUUCAUAAUGAUAGUGAACACUCCAUAUAGUCAAAAGCUGGCAUUGAACCGGUUUGUGAGGGCCAUGUAUUUUCAUUUUCAGUCACGUUACGUCAGUUUUCAUUUUAAUGCAGCUCAAUGUUAAUCGACAUGUUAAAAGUCUUACAGCAUGUUUUGUAUUUGUUAUAGCUACUGUAUCUGAGACCUCUACAUACACAAUGCAGCAAAUAAUUGGGGUUACGUAUCUAUUAUUACACUUUUGAUUGAAUCUGUAACGACGCAAGUUUUCCAUCCUCAUCACCAAUUUUUGUAUGUCCUGAGUCACAAAUGGCACAUACUUAGUAUUUAAGAUCAAAAACACUUUAAUAGAUUAUCCCAACACUCUCCUUCAUUGCAACCCAGUUAACUCCCCUUUAUCAGCUCCACUUUAGCAUUGCCCUAUACCACUUGAUGCACAGGAGGAAUACGGUGCUGGUCUGCAUACAUGAGGCAGAACAGAACACAUUGAAUAGUAGGUUAUGGAGACAUUUUUUCAGUCGUUUUAAAUUAGAAAAAUUUAAUGUUGCUUUAAUAAAAGAUUGUAAAAGUUCUGUCAUUAACUGGUGUCCCGUUCACAUCGUAAUCUAUCUGACACCUCACAUUUGUAGGAUAAACUCCAGAACCUGCACUGAAUGAGCAAUUGAUGAAAACAGGAUAAAUUGUCUUACACCAAGUUUUUAAUUCAUUGCAGCUUUAUCUUGUAAAGCUUCAGCAUGAACUGUUAAUAAAUCAAAGGAUGUCUGCAUUACUAAGCUUUUGUUGAUUGUAAAUUAUUCAUUAGAUUUACAGACAAAUGGAGUUACAGUCAGGCUUUUGGUCUUGAAUGUGUUCAUAAGUUUAGGACACAGUGUAUUUAAGCCCUUGACACGGUGUUACGUGAUGUCCAUUUUCAUCACAAACUGUUGAUCUUUAUUUUAACUGAACUGUGAUGUGAAAACAUGACAUUUUCUUUGCAUGGACUUUCCUGCUUUAAUGUAUCCUCCUCCAUGUUGAGCAAAUGGCCACCCAAAAUGAAAAUCAUCUUACAGCUCAUCUCUGAA